AUGAUAUAAUUUAUACUUCUCUACAUAAUUGUGGUUAGAGGACAAAUAUUAUUAAAAACACUUGAAUUAUAUGGAAAUAAUAAAAUUUCAGGGAUAAUCAAUGUAGAAAGGAAUGAUGAUAAUUUAUUAAUAGUAUUUUAUUUUGAUAAUGCAAACUACCCUAUUGCAUUAGUAUCUAGAGAAGAAAUUUAUGAUACAGACUUUAAUACAACAGUAAAGCCAAUAUUUAUAGAAAGCAAAAAGGUUAUUUAAUUUGAUUAUGAAUCAAUUUAAACUCAUUAUCAUACUCAUUUGGUUGAAUUCAAUUAUAUGGAAAGCAUAUACUAUUAUGCCAAAGAUAGAUUUGGGCCAUUUAAACUAAAAAUAGAAGUUUAUUCAAAACCUCGUUCUACAUGUAUUAACAACUGUUAAGGAUUUUACAUCAGUAAAACCAUGCAGAAUUCUAAGUGUAAUAAAAAAUGUCAAUGUGAGACAGGAUACUUUGGAUCAUAUUGUCAGUUUGAAUUAUUAAAUAUAGAUUAAGAUGUAAAUUAUAAGAUUAGUUUGAUGCCUCAUAAAGUUGUGUAUUUAUCAUUUUAAUUUGAUAAAGAGACUAUUUUAAUUGCAGAUGAUGUCAUUGAUCCAAUCAGUAAUAAAUCAUUGAUUUCUUUUUAGCUGCUAGUUUUGGAAUCUUAGGAUAAAAAGGUUUCGAGAUACCUGAUUAAACAUCCUAUACUGCUAUUCUCCAUAGUUAAUUAAGUCUUACAAAAUUGAUUUAGAGUUUCAAAAUAAAAUUUAAAGAUGCAAAAACUUUGAUUAUAGGAUUAUAAUCUCAAACAAAUUAGACUAUUAAUAUAAUAAUGAAAUAAGAACAAACUGCUUCAAUAUUGAGUGGUAAUUUUAUGUUUUUAGCAUUUGCUUCUUUUAAUAUAAUAAUGAUAAUACUUUGUUAUGGAAUCACAAAUUUAUGCAAAAAGAAAGAAAUAAUAAUAAUUAAAAGAAGAAAAAUUAAGAUUAGACCUCCAAAAAUAGAAAAUAACCCUAAAAAUUUUUCAGGUUCUUUUAUCUAAAAAUAUUUUGAAAUUUAUGAUUUUGAAGAUUUUAUAUAAAUAAAUCCUUAAUACAGUUAAAACACUUAAUGUGUAGUCUGUAUGGAUGAUUUAAAUCUUAAAGAAAUAAGUGUAACUCCUUGUGGUCAUAUAUUUCAUCAUUAAUGUUUAAAGAAAUGGUUAAUGAAAAUCCUUAAUUGUCCCUCUUGUAGAUUUUAAAUAACUUAUUAACAAGUGAUUGAAGGAGGUUGGUUAGGUAGUAAGAUUUAAUCAAGUAAGCUAUAGAAUAAUAAAUCUCAAUUAAAUAUUCAUAGAAGUAACUCCUUAAUAGAAAAUGGUGAAAAUGCUGAUAAUGUUCAAAUGGUAGAAAAAGUAGAUGAAAAUUGA